GAUUUUUAUUGUUUGGUCCAAUUUGAUUGGGAUCUGAUAGAACCCCCCUUUCCUCCCUCCCUCCGUCCUGUCGUCUGACUCGCUCGGAGCCGUCCCUCAGUGGAAAAAACAACCAUCUCUCCUUUUCCCAAAGCUCGUUCAGCUGUGAGACCGACAACAAGACAACAAGCGCAAGAAGGCGAAAUCAGUUGUUGGAGUCGCGGGUUCAAGCAAACCACCUCCGAAAAGCUCAACGAAAAACUCAACCGCAAUAUGCGCACUACGAUGCCAAUGCUGUGGGCGCUAAUUGCUGCACUCGCAGUCGUAGCAUUGCCGCUUGCUCAGCAUGCGCGGGCCGCAGAAUGCAUGUGUAACGACCAGGACUUUCGCUGCUCGACCAACUGGGUGACCAAUUGUGCCAAUUCAUGGGCGCAGUGCGACAAUGGCUACACGAGCAUCAAAACUGGCUCAAAAUGCACCAUUACGAAAUCAACCUACUACUGCUUCCCCAACACAAAUCCAGCGUGCUGCGCGGGAUACGCCACAACCACAUGCACGGCAUGCGUGGCAGGGUACCAGUGUCCAGGCGGCACAAACGGACCCACAUCCGCGUGUGUCGCGGGCACCUACUCUGGUGCAAAGGCCGCGACAUGCAGUCAGUGCGCAGUCAACACGUAUCAGGCGGUGGCUGCACAGACCAGUUGCAUCAACUGCCCAAGCGACUCGUCAACGCUUUCCCUUCAAGGAAAGACGUUCUGCACAUGCUCCGAAGGCUACUACGCUGGGUCACUCGGCACAAACUCCAUGACGUGUACAAAAUGCGAGACUGGCUACAGCUGCUCGAACAAUGUUCGCACAAUCUGUCCAGUUGGCUACGUCCAGCCCACCAUGGGACAGCCCUCCUGCUUGCCUUGCGCUCCUGGCUCGUACCAGCCCAGCACUGGCCAAACGACCUGCAUCAACACCGUGGCUGGCCAGUACCAAGAUCAGCAAGGCCAGUCAGGUUUCAAAACCUGUCCCGCUGGCACCAUGCAGCCAAGCAACGGCCCGGCCUCGAGCUGCACAAACUGCACAGUAGGCAACUACCAAGACCAGCCAGCCUCUGCCAACUGCAAACCCUGCCCGGCGUCCUCGACCUCAACCCCGCGAGCUUCUCUGUGCACGUGCAAUUCUGGAUACUACAUGUCGGGUGGAAACUGCGUGCCCUGCGAGAUUGGAUAUCGCUGCCCCGGCGAUAACUCGCGAUACGCUUGUCAGACCAACCAAUUUCAGAACAUGACUCAGCAAGCCUCGUGCAAACCGUGCCCCAGCGACUCGACCAGCUCAGCUGGUGCCUCGGUAUGCGCUUGUUCGAGUGGACGCUACCUCUCGUCCGACUGGCUCUGCGCGGCAUGCCCAGCCGGCAGCAGCUGCUUGGAGAAUGUCCGCACUCCCUGUAUCGCUGGCAAGUACCAAAACACGACACUGCAAAGCAGCUGCAAGACGUGCCCCAGCUACAGUACGUCGUCGGAGGGCUCGACUCUGUGCACGUGUUCCGCUGGAAGAUACAGCGCUGGCUUUGAUGCUUGUCCUGCUUGCCAGCCCGGCUACAUGUGUCCCGGGGACAACUCUCGUUCUGCAUGUGCGAUCAAUACUUACCAGGCCAAUCCAACUCAGUCCGCCUGUGUCCCUUGCACGAGCAACUCUGCAUCGCCCGCAGCUGCCGUCACCUGCGCUUGCAGUACCGGAUAUCGCGAGGCGGGGUCGGGCGAUUCGCUCACGUGCACGCAACUGGGUGCCAUCAGCGUUGCGGAAGCUAGCCAAAGUCUCGUGGCUGCAUCGGGUGACACUGUUACGCUGACGUUUGACUCGACGUCGUUCAAUUUCAACGCCUCUUGCAUCGUCUCGGUCGACACGACAACCUCGACCGCACAUGCUGGUGUGCACUACAUCAUCCAGUCUUCGCUCAACCUCACGUUUUCGAAUGAAACCGGAAACGUGGCGACCAUCACCAUUGUCAUUCCAACCACGUCCGCCGAGCGCAGUGGCGCUGAUUUGUAUUUGACAAUCAGCUCGGUAUCGCUGGCACUGCUGGGCAGCAGCAAGACUGCGCACAUUGCAAUCCAAGGAGCCAAUCUUCCAGGCGGUCUGAUUCAAUUUGCUGCAGAUUCCCGCUCGCUAGUCAUCGAUGGAUAUUCUUCUUCCACUGUUGCCCUCAAAGUCGAGCGCUUGCAGGCGGCAGCUGGCACUGCCACGUUCUUCAUUUGCGAGAGUAGUACCGGAGCUUGUGCCAGCUUUGAUUUUGCAGCCGCUCAAGUUCUCGCCACGGUGUCGGUCGCAAUCCCACAACCCUUCGAGCCUUCCCUGGCGCGACAAUUGUCGUUUGUUAUCGUCAAUGUCACCAGCUCAACCUCUGCGGACGUUGGCGGCUAUUCCACCGCCAUCCUGACCGUGAGAGAAACCUGGGACGCACACGGCGUGUUCUCGUUCAGCUCCGCGUCGUACAACUGCACAGAAGCGGCUGGAUUGGUCGACGUCGUCAUCUCGCGGUCGCGAGGCCUUUUUGGCACCGUUCAAGUGAACAUUGGUACGCUGCUCUAUCCCUCGGGAUUGGCCAACUCGGAUGAUUUUGUCGCGCCGUCAAACCCUGUUAUUUUUGGCGACGGCAUUAACGAGGUUGCGGUUAGCAUUGGCAUUGUUGCCGAUGGCAUCCCGGAGGUGGACGAAUCCUUUUCGGUGGUCUUGAGUCAGCCCGCCAACGGCGCUUCGCUGUCGACCGCCUUGCCAACGACUGCCACCGUGACCAUUGCGCAAAACGACGAUGCAAACGGCGUAAUUCAGCUGCAGCAGGCUGCGUACACGACAAGCGAGUCUGCCGGCCAAGUACUGCUCACAGCGGUGCGCUCUGCUGGUAGCUUCGGGAGCGUCAGCUUCACCGUUUCCACCACCGCUGGAUCAGCCACUGCUGGCUCUGAUUUCCAACCGCUGGCGUCAAGUGUAUUCACCAUGGGCCCUGGCGUCACCACCGUUUCAAUCCCUGUGACUAUCAUCAACGACGCGGUGCCUGAAUUGGACGAGACGUUUAAGGUGACGAUCAACCAUGAAGUGACCGGCGGUGCACGCGUCGGAGCGUUGACCGAAGCAACCGUCACCAUUUCCCAAAACGAUGAUGCACACGGUCUGUUCGCCUUUGCUGGCGAGGACGGGCUGGUUAGCAGCGAUCCUCGUGUCGUCACUUCAGGCAGUUCGUUUGUCGUCGCGGUAGCGAGACUGGGUGGCCUUUAUGGCUCUGUGUCUGUUCGUCUCCAAACCGACUUUGCCUAUCCAGGCGAAGCAACCAGCGCUGACGUGUCUGUCGACAGAGUAUUGACUUUUGCCGAAGGAGAGAGUCUCCAGAACGUGACCAUCAGUGUCGCUCUCCCGGCUAGCGCUCGUCCAGCUUAUCGGUUCAACCUGGUGCUGGGGACGAGCACUGGAGGCGCGUCUAUUCAGUUGUCUGCAGCUCAGUCGUACUUCAAGAUUGAUGCCUACUCGUCCGUCGGAGGCGUUGUCCGAUUCGUUUCCAGCGACUACUCUGCUGACGAAGGAUCGAUCACCACCCUUACUGUCGAACGUGUGCCCGCCGACGCUUCAUCCACCGAAACGCUGACCGUUCAGUUCCGCGCAAACUUUGCGGCGGAAGGCCCUUCUUCGGCCAGCGCUGCGGAUGUCUCAACUGUCGAUGGCACCCUUUCCUUUGCUCCAGGCCAAUCCACCGCCACGAUUGACAUUUCCGCUGUGCAGGACGACAUUCCCGAGCUUGCCGAGCUGUUCGAUGUGGAAUUGUACAACCCGCAAACUGGUCUGUUUGUGUCGGAAUCUGGUAGUGUCGCCACGGUCACCAUCAGCGAGAAUGACAACGCGGCCGGAGUUGUGGCUUUUGCCGAGCGUUCUCUGAAGGCGUUUGACUCUGCCGGACAAGUGGCGAUCGAAAUUGUUCGCACCCGCGGGUUGCUCCGCGCUGUGACAGUUACAGUCGUUGCUCUUAGCGCCCCAGUCUUCCCAUCCGACAUGCCUGCUUCCAAGCAACCCAAGCCUGCCAUUCCUGGCGUUGACUUUUACAAUGCGACGCUGGAGCAUGUUGCCGUUCUUUCUGCUGGCUCGAAACCACACAACCAUGACCAUCCCCGUUUACCACAACGCAUCAUCCAGUCCCCGAGCGAGCGUUUUCGUUGGCGAUUGUCGAUGUUUCCGGCGGCGCUGCGUUGAGCGCCGAGUCCGAGCUGCUGAUAUCGACGAUUGUCCUGUCUCGACCACCGAAAAGUUCGGACGGCAGCGCACCAAUUGCGGCUGCUGCUGGUGGUGCGGCGGGCGGCUUGGUUGUUUUGCUGCUGAUUCUCCUCAUCCUCGUGCGUCGCAAAAAGAAGGCGAGCAAGAAGACGGGCCGCGACUCGACUGCGGAACAGCAGCAGUUUGGUGGCGAUUUGAGUGGCCGAUCUACCUUCCCGCUCGACACAAUGCAGAGCUACUAUGUGGCCACGAGCCCGGUUCACAACCCAGACUCUUCGCAAGACUUGUACGCUUACGUGUCGCGGGAGUCCAAUCAGGACUCAAUUUACUCGUUUGCCCAAGACGGCUAUGCGGCGUCCAACCCUGGUGUGUACUCGGCUACAAGUGAUCAGUACGCCGCCGCUGGUGGCGAUCUGUACGCUUCAACCGGACAGUACGCGACCACGAGCGAUCACAAGCCGGCACCACAGGAGAAUCUGUACUCGGCAACCAGCGACCAGUAUGCCACAGUCAACAAAACCAAACAGAAUGCCGCUGCUGACAACGAGUAUGCAGUCACGAGUGAGCAAGAGCGCGCCAGCGUCAGCGCUAGUUCCAGCACCGGCACGAUGCCAUUGUACGCCAAGCCGAACAAGCAGGCUCCUGCGUCAACGAUGCCAGUUUACGCAAAGCCAAACAAGCAGCAGGCAUCAGCCUCUGCAAAUCAGUCACCUCUCUACGAUUCGUUGCACCAAUCAGACUUUGAACCGGAAGGCGCGAUCGUCUACGAUAAGCCCCCGCCACCCCCGGCUUCCACGCACAUUUGAAGUCACUCUGUCACGACCACUCCGCGACAACCAGCUUGCUUGUUCAAUGGCGUCGCGGCCACUCAUCUUACCUUCCGUUUGUUCAAGAAAUUUACCCAUUUACCCCCAAAGCCCCAUUAAACUUUUGUCUUUGUCAUUGUCCCAACCUGCUCUCGCCGACUCGCUCUGCAUGCCUGUGCUUCCUUCUGUCGUCAUUUUCUUGUUCUUACUGUAAAUACACUUGUUCUUACUGUCCAUACA